ACUCUGUAGUGUGAUGAGGAAGACCUUUCCCUCCCUUUCAAAUUGUGGGAACCAAGGAGAAACUGGUUUCUUCCACCCCAACUAAAACAUCCCCGUGGUCAUGUGAUCGAAGUCCGGAUGCUUCACAACUGAUGGUUGUAGUGUCUCGGGGUCAAGUGAUCAUCUUUUGUGACCUUCUGACAAGCAAAGUCAAUGGGGAAGCCAGAUUCACUCAACAACUGCAUGAUUCCUUUAACAACUGUGGUGACUUACUUAACAACUGUGGCAAGAAGGGUCAUAAAACAACUGUCUUGCUGAGCAACAGAAAUUUGGGACUCAAUUGUGGUCACAUUAUGGGUUGCUGCUACAGUUUAGACUAUGAUGAUGAUUGGGCUAUAGAUGCUGAGAUUUGUGAGGUGUGUCACUAUCCUAUUGAUCCAGCCACCAAGCCGCAGAGACCCACUUUAAAUGGUUCUGAGUUGCACACUCCUCUGUUGCCAGCCGAAGGGAUUCCUCCUCCUAGUUCACCCCUUCAAGAUAAACUGGUGGUUGCCCUCUAUGAUUAUGAAUCAACUCAUGAAGGAGAUCUGCUACUUCGGACAGGAGAACAGCUGAGGAUAGUAGAAGAGACAGGGGAAUGGUGGAAAGCUCAGUCUCUCACCACAGGACAAGUGGGCUACAUACCAUGCAACUUUGUCGCCAAGUUGAACACACUGGAGCAAGAGCCUUGGUUUUUCAAAGCCCUGAGCAGGAAGGAUGCUGAGCGCUGCCUUCUCGCUGCUGGUAAUACACAUGGUGCUUUCCUCAUUCGAGAGAGUGAAUCCACCAAAGGUUCCUUCUCCCUCUCUGUGCGAGAUUUUGACCAGAAUCGAGGAGAAGUUGUGAAGCAUUAUAAGAUACGAAAUAUGGACAACGGCGGGUUCUACAUCUCUCCUCGUAUCACCUUUGACAGCUUGCACAGCCUGGUAGAACAUUAUACCAGUAACGCUGAUGGGCUCUGCACCCGCCUUACCAAGUCCUGCCAAACUCAGAAGCCACAGAAGCCCUGGUGGCAAGAUGAGUGGGAAGUGCCCAGGGAGAGCCUGAAGCUGGUGGAGAAACUGGGAGCAGGGCAGUUUGGUGAAGUUUGGAUGGGCUACUAUAAUGGCCAUACAAAAGUUGCCAUCAAGAGUUUGAAACAAGGCAGCAUGUCACCUGAAGCCUUCCUGGCUGAAGCCAACCUGAUGAAGAAACUGCGCCAUGCACGCCUGGUGAGGCUCUAUGCAGUGGUAACUCAAAGGCCCAUGUUCAUCAUUACGGAGUAUAUGGAAAAUGGCAAUCUGGUAGAUUUUCUCAAAGCUGCGGAAGGCACUAAAUUAACAAUUUAUAAGCUGCUAGACAUGUCAGCACAGAUAGCAGAAGGAAUGGCCUUCCUGGAGAAGAAAAACUACAUCCAUCGUGACCUGCGGGCUGCCAAUAUCCUGGUGUCUGAAAGCCUCUGCUGCAAGAUUGCAGAUUUUGGGUUGGCCCGCAUUAUGCAGGACGAUGAAUACACUGCUCAAGAGGGAGCAAAGUUCCCAAUUAAAUGGACAGCCCCGGAGGCCAUCAAUUAUGGAAUAUUCACCAUUAAAUCAGAUGUCUGGUCAUUUGGGAUUCUACUGACUGAGAUAAUCACUUAUGGCCGGAUCCCUUACCCAGGAAUGAGCAAUCCAGAAGUCAUCCAAAACCUGGAAAAAGGGUACCGGAUGCCACAUCCGGACAACUGCCCAGAAGAGCUGUACAAACUGAUGUUGCAGUGUUGGAGAGAUAACCCAAAGCAACGCCCGACUUUUGAGUUCCUGAAAGGGGUCCUGGAGGAUUUCUUCACUGCCACGGAAGUACAAUAUGAGCAGCAGGUGUGAAGAUGCUUCAAGCCGAGAUCCAUGGGACACUAUUCUCACAAACCAGCAGAAAAGACACUCUUGAAGACUUUGCCUUGCAUCCAAGAUGGCGGAGAGGGGGGGUACGAUGGAGAAGAAGGGCUUUAUUCGGACCCCAAUGACUUCCUGAGGAGUUCAUGGCUAAUCUCAUGGCAAACUUCCCCCCUUUUUUUCAAAAGGAAAAGAAAACUAAUGUUCAAAGGUGCCCAGAGGAACUGAGACAGAGUUCUUGCACCUGCUCAGCAAGCAGAAGCGAGCUUUUUUUAUUACUACUUUUCGCUUCAGCUGCUCUGUAGGAGGCACGUGCACCUGGUAUAGGUAGUCCUCGACUUAUGACCGUGCUGAACCUGGCAAUUCCGGUUGUAAGUUGUGACAGUCGCAAAGCAAAAUCACCCACGUGACCAGACCUGUUUUUUUUAUGGCCAUUUUGCGGUCAUAAAGCAAAAGCUGUGGUCAUUAAGCGAGUCCAUUUUUGCUAGUUUUUUCCCCAGAAAUUUAAAGUGAAUGCUGGUUUUCAGCAAAACCGUUGUACAUGGCAAUCAUGUGAUUGUGGGGGAGGGGCAACAUCAAAACUUCAAA